ACAGCAGGCGUGAAUGGCACUCAACCUGGAUGGUCAUCUUUGAAGGAGCCAGCAGCAGGACUUUGGGCUUUGGGCUUGCACGGAUACACUUCUUGGACUAGUGGAAGGUGGAAUAUACUACCAAACGUUUGCCUGGGACUUGACUCACUCAAGAGUUGAAGAGAGACCUGAGGGUAACGCGUGGAGGAGCAGGGGCAGUCCUGAUGGCUGGUGCUUGGGGAGCCGCCUGUGCCGGACACUGGCUCUAGGAGCCCCUCAGGAGACAUUCACCUGGAGACUUUUCACAGGACGUGUGCCCAUGAGGUCGUCGACACUGGUCCUGCUCUUCCUGAUCAGCGUCCAGGCUGCACUGAACAUGGGAGAGGACGCCCCGGCGCCGCCGACGCACCACCCGCACCACCACCAUCACCCCCAGCAGCAGCAGCAGCACCAGCGGCGCAAGACGGCCCAACAGUCGCAGUCCCAGUCGCGCUCACAGUCACGGCCCCUGGGCCGGCGCCGAUCCCGGGAUGCCCAGGCUGACCUCAUCCCCACCGUGGACACCAAACUCUUCAACAAGCGGCGUUACCGUUCGCCCCGCGUGAUAUUCAGUGAUGUGGUGCCACCGGACAACGAGCCAGUGGGGCUGGUCGCAGGCCGGGAGCAGGGGCAGGGGUGGGACCAGGGCCCCCGCGUGCGGCGGCAGGCAGAGCAGUUAUUGCACCGCGGCGAGUACUCGGUGUGCGACAGCGUGAACCACUGGGUGGGCAACAUGACCCACGCCACGGACAUGGCGGGUCACGAGGUGACGGUGCUGCCGGACGUUCGCAUUGACAACGUGGUGAAGAAGCAGCUCUUUUACGAGACCACGUGCCGAUUCGCCACCAAACCCAGUGGCGGGGGAGGUGGGGCAGGAGGCAAAGGAGGCGGAGGCGGGGGCGGAGGCGGAGGAGGUGGAGGCGGAGGCAAAUGGGGGAACGGCAGCAGAGGCGGGGGCAAGUCGGGCUCCUCAUCGUCAGGCUGCCGGGGCAUCGACAGCCGCCAUUGGAACUCCUACUGCACCAACACGCACACAUACGUGCGCGCACUCACCAUCUUCAAGAAGCAGAUCACCUGGCGAUUCAUACGCAUCAACGCCGCCUGCGUGUGCGUCCUCAGCCGCAAGACGUGGAGAGGCUGAGAUCAGGACAGCCGGCCCCCGCUGCUGCAGCCUCCCCAGGACCUUUUCCCCACCCCCCUCCACUACUCACACACCUAUCGAUCACCACAGCUUUACUGCCAAUCAUCUGGCCAGGACCUAUCCCAUCAAGCCACAUAUGCCCGUCCUCCAAGGCCCCACCCCACACCCUACCUCACGCUGUAAAUUAUUGGUCGUUUUAAGUUAUAAGGACUGCAUGUCAUAUUUAUAUAGUUUAUACAGUCAAAAUAUAAAUAUAAAUAUAUAUAUAUAUGUGUGUGUAUAUACAGUAUGCUUAAAAGAAAUCCCGCUUUUUUUGUUGUGUUGUUGUUGAUGUUGAUGCUGUUAUUUAUUAAACACCUGAGUAUGUGUAUUAGGUAACCUCCUUAUGUCUGUUUUCUAAAGCAACGUUACUUUUCUGGAUAAAUUGUAACUU